AUGGACUCUGAGGCUUCUGAUAUGCUCAAAAUUUGUGAUGGCGGUCAUAAUGAUGGCAACUUACAUGAUAAACGGCUCGCAUCAUGUAGUGGUAAACUUGAGGGUUCUGCUAAGAAGAGGCUGUUUGAUAACAGUGAUUCCUUGCAUAUUUCUAUUAAGAAAUCAAAGCUGUCGUUGUAUGACGAUCGCGAUGAAGAUGGUGAUCCGUCGUCGGAUAUAACUAAAAGGCUUGGAAAAUCUGUUGAUACAUCAUUUUCCUUGUGGAAGAAAGAUCUUGAAUUUGUUGAAAAGUCAUUUGCGGAAUGUAAAAGGAAGAGGAGAGAAGAAGAGAAGAGAUUAGAGUCUGUAAAGAGAGAGAUUGAGGAGUGUAGCAGAGAGCUUGUAAAUAAGAAGGCGCAAUUUAGUUGUGUUAGAAGGAUUAACGAAGUUCAUAAUAAACUGCAGGGGAAAAUUGAAGGAUGUGUUAAGGAUUUUGUAGCGAAGGAAGCACAACUGUGUUUGAUAGAGGACUUGAUAGGAGAGCGCAAGCAAGAGCUUAGGGUAAAACAGAUAGAACUUGGUCAAGUCGUGAAUAACAUUUCAAAAGAGAGGGAAUUUGAUAGACGACUUGAAAGCCAAAUGAAGGGGCUGUUGGAUGAUUUGUUGUUAAAACAGAAGCAUUUCGAAAGGCAAACCAUGGAGCUUGAGUUAAAAGAGAAGGAAAAUGAAAGUUGGGUGAAAGAGCAUGAAUCAAAAGCAAGAGAAUAUGAAUGCCAAGUGAAGAUGUUGUUGGAUGAUUUGGUAUUAAAACAGAAGCAUCUUGAAAGCCGAAUCAAGGAGCUUGAGUCAAAAGAGAAGCAACGUGAAGGCAUAGUGAUGAAAUGGGAAUUAAAAGAGAGAGAAUUUGAUGGCGAAGUGAAGGAGCUGGAAUCUAAAAAGAAGCAUUUUGAAAGCCAAGUGGAAGAGUUCCAAUCAAAAGAGAGACAAUUGGAAGGAAAAGUUAGGGAAGUUGAUUUUAGAGAGAAACUACUUGAUGGUCGAGGGAAGGAGUUUGAUUCGAAAGAGGCUGAAUUCGAAGGCAGAGUGAAGGAGCUGGAAUUAGAGAGGAAGCAACUUGAUGGCCGAGUGAAGGAGUUUGAUUCAAAAGAAGCUGAAUUUGAAGGCCAGGUGAAGGAGAUGGAAUCAGAGAAGAAACAACUUAGUGGCCGAGUGGCGGAGUUUGAUUCAAAAGAGGUUGAAUUCGAAGGCCGGGUGAAGGAGCUAAAAUUAGAGAAGAAGCAAUUUGAUGGUCGGGUGAAGGAAUUUGAUUCAAAAGAGGCUGAAUUCGAAGGCCGGGUGAAGGAGUUGGAUUCAGAGAAGAAGCAACUUGAUGGCCGAGUGGCGGAGUUUGAUUCAAAAGAGGAUGAAUUUGAAGGCCGUGUGAAGGAGCUGGAAUUAGAAAAGAAGCAUUUCGAAAGCCGACUGAAGGAGCUUGAGUUAAAAGAAAAGCAAUUCAAAGAACAGAUAAAAGAGUUCAAGUCAAAAGAAGAGGAGUUCAAAAUUCAAGCGAAGGCGUUUGAAUCAAAGAAGAAGGAAUUUGAAAGUCAAGUUAAGGAGCUCAAUUCAGAAGCGAAGCAAUUUGAAAGCAAAAUCGAGGACUUCAAAUCAAAAGAGAAGCAAUUUGAAAGGAAAGUUGAGGACUUCAAAUCAAAAGAGGAGCUAUUUGAGGAUCGAUGGAAAGCACUGGAGUCAAAAGAGAGACAAUUUGAAGGACUAGUAAAAAAUCCUGAAUCAAAGCUGAAUAAAUAUGGGGAAAAAGAAUCAGCUACAUCUUACAUGGAUGAUGAAUCAAGUCCUCCCAUUGAUGAAACAAGUUUGCAGUUGGUCUCCUGUGAGCAAUCUGACAUUCUAGCUAAUCUGAGAGAAUCAUCGGAUCCAGCAGAAUUGAAGGAGCUGGAAUUAGAAAAGAAGCAUUUCGAGAGCCGACUGAAGGAGCCUGAGUUAAAAGAAAAGCAAUUCAAAGAACAGAUAAAAGAGUUCGAGUCAAAAGAAGAGGCUCCGGUACUAAUGGCGACUUCAUCCUUAGAAAUGGAUACUGAAGAAAAUAGACAACCUGUAAAGCUCGGUGUCAGCUUAUUGGCUCUUAGGAAACUUAAUUUGAGUGAGGAAAAAAAAAACCUCAUGCAGAACUCUGUAUUUUAUGAUGUUAUAAGCAUACAAAAUAACAAAGAGAGUUCGGCAUUUUUUAUUAAAAUGUUCAGUGAUGUUUACGAACCAACAAAUAGAAGGUUUGUAUUUAACAAAAACGUAUCUUUUUCUUUCUGUGCCCACGAGGUGGCAGAUGUGUUGGGUAUUAACAAUACCGGGGUUAAUUUCACCGCCCCUGCUGCAAAAAAUGUUCCUGAAUUUGUUUAUGACCUAAUGAAAGGAUGUGGUUUAGGUAGUUCUAGGAUAAUCUCUACAACAACCAUUAAAAAGCUUUUGAGUCAAAUGGAUGUAAAUGACGACGAAAGUAGAUUUAAUUUUAAGAAACUCUUAUCUUAUUUUUUGAUCGAGAUAUUUUUAAUACCCUCCCCGGAUUCCAAGAAACCGCGUACGUCGGCCUGGGAAAUGGUAGAAGAUCUUGAUGCAUAUGAAGAAGUGAACUGGGCUGAAGCAAUCACUGAUGACCUACAUGUAUCUUUUAAUAAGCUCAAGAACGCAAUGAAAACAGGGUUGGGAAAACAACAUAAAUUUAAAGGGUGUGCGCCAGUUUUCGAGGCGGUUGUGUUUGAGAGAAUACCUUCCUUAAAGCCAAAGCCAUCGUCUUUUCCUUACCCGCCAAUUCAAAAGUAUGAGUCUAAAAGGAAGGAUUGGAAACCGUUAGAAACUAUCGAAGCCUACGAGAUUAUACCAUGUCCAUGGUGUGUGGCAGCCAAGACAGAGGAGAAUAAAAGUUUGACGGAGGAUGUGGCGGCCAAGACGGAGAAGAAUGAAAGUUUGACGGAGAAUGUGGCGGCCGAGAUGGAGAAGAAUGAAAGUUUGACGGUGGAUGUGGCGGCCGAGACGGAAAAGAAUGAAAGUUUGACGGAGGAUGUGGCAGCCGAGACAGCAAAGAAUGAAAGUUUGACGAAGGAUGUGGCGGCCGAGACAGAAGAGAAUGAAAGUUUGACUGGGAAUGUUGCCUCUUUAUCCUUGGGUGAUGCACUUGCUCUGUCUCCACCUAAGCCUAAAAACCGAAGGAAGUUAGAUCCGCCUCCACCUCAGCCUACAAUACCAAGGAGGUCAUUAAGAAAAAAGACAAUACCUCCUGAGCUCAAAGACUAA